CCGGGUGGCACGAGGCGGCGGGCGAGCGAACGAAACGCCGGCCGACUCCUGAAGUGAACUAGGAAGCCGCGACGUCGCCCGCGCUCCUGAAGAGAGUCGGCAUCAUGGCGGAUAAAGAAGCUGCCUUUGAUGAUGCAGUGGAGGAGCGAGUGAUUAAUGAAGAAUAUAAAAUAUGGAAAAAGAACACUCCAUUCCUCUAUGAUCUUGUAAUGACACAUGCUUUGGAGUGGCCCAGCUUGACUGCUCAGUGGCUUCCUGAUGUAACCAGACCUGAAGGCAAAGACUUCAGUAUUCAUCGCCUAGUUCUUGGGACCCACACUUCUGAUGAACAAAACCACCUUGUGAUAGCCAGUGUUCAGCUCCCUAAUGAUGAUGCACAGUUUGAUGCCUCACAUUAUGAUAGUGAGAAGGGAGAAUUUGGAGGCUUUGGAUCUGUUAGUGGGAAAAUUGAAAUUGAAAUAAAGAUAAACCAUGAAGGAGAAGUAAAUAGAGCACGCUACAUGCCCCAGAAUCCUUGCAUCAUUGCCACAAAGACUCCAUCCAGUGACGUACUUGUGUUUGAUUACACCAAGCAUCCAUCUAAACCAGAUCCUUCUGGUGAGUGCAAUCCAGAUCUGCGUCUUCGUGGGCAUCAAAAAGAAGGUUAUGGUCUAUCUUGGAACCCAAACCUUAGUGGGCAUUUGCUUAGUGCAUCUGAUGAUCAUACUAUCUGCUUGUGGGACAUAAGUGCUGUUCCAAAGGAAGGGAAAGUAGUGGAUGCCAAGACCAUCUUCACAGGCCAUACAGCUGUGGUGGAAGAUGUUUCCUGGCAUUUGCUCCAUGAGUCUCUCUUUGGCUCUGUUGCUGAUGAUCAGAAACUCAUGAUCUGGGACACCAGGUCAAACAACACUUCUAAGCCAAGCCAUUCUGUGGAUGCUCACACUGCUGAAGUGAACUGUCUGUCUUUCAAUCCUUAUAGCGAGUUCAUUCUGGCUACAGGAUCAGCAGAUAAGACUGUAGCAUUAUGGGAUCUAAGGAACCUGAAAUUGAAGCUUCACUCCUUUGAGUCACACAAAGAUGAAAUAUUUCAGGUUCAGUGGUCGCCACAUAAUGAAACUAUAUUAGCCUCCAGUGGUACUGAUCGCAGGUUAAAUGUCUGGGAUUUGAGCAAAAUUGGAGAAGAACAGUCGCCUGAAGAUGCAGAAGACGGCCCUCCUGAGCUGUUGUUUAUUCAUGGUGGUCACACUGCAAAGAUAUCUGACUUUUCCUGGAAUCCCAAUGAACCCUGGGUAAUUUGUUCUGUAUCAGAAGACAAUAUCAUGCAAGUGUGGCAAAUGGCAGAGAACAUAUAUAAUGACGAAGAUCCUGAAGGAAGUGUGGAUCCAGAAGGGCAGGGGUCCUAGAUACUUGCCCCCCUUCCAUCCUUGUUUUUUCCUCCUGUUGUCUUCUUCCUGCAUUGUUCUCCCAACUUUCCUAAGAUUGUCAACACUGCUUUUUUGAGAGAGACAAAUACACCAUGCAUUCAGCAGCCCAUCCAUAGAUUCUGUUCAGCAGCCUAUUGCUGUUGAAAGUUGAGGGCUUGGCCUGACAUGAGCUAGCAUCAUACAAUGGCUUCAUGGUUCGCCAUUUUUCUCCUAAAAUAUUAGUUGGUUGAGCUGAUAUACAUGCUCUGCUGCCUCUGCUACAAGAUUAUUUUUCCUUUAAUUUU